UUUGUGCCUGUUUUACUGAGCUGCCAGUGUGCGUUGUGCCUCAGGGACGCUGUGGUCGCCGCAGAUCGCACCCUGGGCCGGGAGAGUGAGGAGUUCCAGCCGCAGAAGCGUUCCCGUCUGUAUGGAAUAGCCACCGCCUACUCCCAGUGCCCUGCAGGGCAGAACUACUGCUCCGUGAACAACGGCGGCUGCACCCACCUGUGNCUCGCCAACCCCUCGGGCCGCUCCUGCCUGUGCCCUGACAACGUGGUGGGCGUGGGCUGCGUGGAAUCAAGCUUUGGGUAGUAACGUGCGAGGGACAAGCUGCCAGCACGGGGGACUUCCUUUGUCUGACUCUUGGUCUCUUGCCACUGGUGUCAACGGCAGCUUUUGCCUGUUACUAUACUUACCCAAUAAGGCACUGAGUGUGAUGGAAACCAGUGUGUUCCAGGUGUUUGUUUUUUUUUUAACACAGUAAUUCUUUAAAAAAAACAUUUUAGAUUCGUUCUGAUUCCUGUUUGCCAUUUUUAAU